CCAAUCGGGUUGCAGUGCGCGAGGAUUUAAACCAAGACAAGCACUUCUCAGUGGUCUGGGCAUUAGCAAGAUACAUUGCAAGUAAACGGGACACCGUCAGAAAACGCUCUUCAACAAAACAACGAGCUUCGGAAAAAAUGGCUUUUCGUGUUACAAGGAAUCGCAUAGCCUCCACCAGGACUGGCCCUGCUGGGAAGACUUCCUCCGUGAGUGGGCCCACACUCAAGCCGCGAGUCGCCCUCCAUGAAAUCGGUAAUGUUCCAGCUGACAACGAACCUCAAAAGAAGGCAGUCAAGGCCCAGGUUAAGAAGACCAAGGCUCCCAUUGUGACUGAAAAAGCAGAGGCUAAACCCAAAAAUGUUCCCGAGGUUGAGGUGGCGCCUGGGCCCGUGUCCCCAACACCAAUGGAGACUUCAGGGUGUGAGCCCGCUGAAUUGUGCCAGGCAUUUUCUGAUGUCAUUCUGGAAACUGUGCGGGAUGUGGAUGCAGAUGACCAUGACAAUCCUAUGCUCUGCAGUGAAUUUGUAAAAGAUAUUUACAAGUACAUGUGUCAGCUAGAGGCUGAACAGAGUGUUCGAGCCAAUUAUCUAAAAGAUCAAGAAGUGACUGGUAAUAUGCGUGCCAUACUUAUUGACUGGCUAGUCCAAGUGAGCCUGAAGUUCCGCCUGCUUCAAGAGACCAUGUACAUGACUGUGGGAUUAAUUGAUCGCUUUCUUCAGGUCAACCCAGUGUCCAAAAAGGAGCUGCAACUUGUCGGAGUGGCUUCAAUGUUCCUUGCUUCAAAGUAUGAGGAGAUGUAUCCACCAGAGAUUUCAGACUUUGCCUUUGUGACAGAUAAGGCUUACAGCACUGCACAAAUCAGAGAAAUGGAAAUGACAAUCCUGCGUGUGCUGAAAUUUCAACUUGGCAGACCUCUUCCAUUGCAGUUCCUCAGAAGGGCGUCAAAGAUUCAUGAAGUAACUGCAGAGCAACACACCCUGGCUAAAUACUUGCUCGAGCUGACCAUGGUUGACUAUGAAAUGGUUCAUUAUCCGCCUUCAAUGGUAGCAAGUGCUGCUUUGGCUCUUACACUCAAGAUCUUGGAUGCUGGUGAAUGGGAUGCAACGCUGCAGCACUACAUGAGCUACACCUUGGAUAGUUUGCUUCCAGUCAUGGCACACAUUGCCAAAAAUGUUGUGAAGGUGAAUACAGGAAAAACGAAGCAUAUGGCUGUGAAAGGAAAGUACUCCAGUUCAAGACAGAUGAGAAUUGCAACAAUCUCACAGCUUAACUCGUCUAUUGUGAAAGAUUUUGCCAAGCAAGUCACACAAUGAUUCAAUUUGUUAAUUUUGUACAGGUUUGACAAUGUGUUCAAUUGUUUGUUGUAUAAGCGUUUUAUCACUUUUAAGCUGCUUUUAAAAAGCACAAGUCGGUUUAAAGGUUGCGUUUUGUUACCCCCUACAUCGGCUCAUUUCAUCUUUGAAAUGCUUGCACUCAACCCCAGAUUGUUUGCAAUGUGCUACCGAUAGACUUGUGGCUUUAUUUACAAAUAUUCGGUCACAUUUAUGCUGUUGAUAUUCUGCUGUUCUGUAAAUGUACAACGAAGCAUCAGUGGUUUUUUCAUUCUUGAAUGAGUUUUAUAUUAAAUGUUUUGACCAGAA